GAAAGCCACCAGCCGCCAAUCGCAUUAAAGAAGAGCGGAGUAUCCGGGCAGAUCGGCGAUGCCGUGGCCAAUCAGAAAAAAAGCGGCGAGCGGGGCCCGCGGGCGCGUCCCAGCCAGGCACAACACUUUCGGUUCCUGUUGCGCGUGGGGCAGCGGCACGUGGCGGCGACCGGACCGGACCGGAGCGAACCGGAGCGAGCCGGCCCAGCCUGGCAUGAGGGCACCGCGGGCCGAGCCCCGGCUGUAGCCGCCGGCAGUAACCAAAUGUCAUGGCUGAUGAAGAAUCGAGUGCCCAAGCCACCAAAAAGGCGAGUUUGUCGCCCGACGACUCCCAGAGCAACACAACCGAGUCCAGCAUGCUGCUGCAGAAACUGAAGAGCACCAUCUCCAAAUCCGUGCAGAACAAAGUCGACUCUAUUCUGCAAGAUGUGCAGAAGUUCUCCGACAACGACAAGCUCUACCUCUACCUCCAGCUGCCGUCAGGGCCGAGCCUGGGGGAGAAAAGUGGUAGCUUGGACCUCAGUUCUCUGAGCACAGCUGAGUACAUGCACGCAUGCAACUGGAUCCGGAACCACCUGGAGGAGCACACUGACACCUGCCUACCCAAGCAGGACGUCUAUGAUGCCUACAAGCGAUACUGCGAUAACCUCUGCUGUCGCCCUCUCAGCGCUGCCAAUUUUGGGAAGAUCAUCCGUGAGAUCUUCCCAAACAUCAAAGCCAGAAGAUUGGGAGGCCGAGGACAGUCGAAAUACUGCUACAGCGGGAUCCGGAGGAAGACGGUGGUCAGCUUGCCACCCCUGCCUAGCCUGGAUCUCAAAGUGACAGAGACCCAGCAGUCGGAGCUGACGGAUCUGGUGCAGUCCUACAACAGUGAGGUGAUGGAGGCGGCUUGCGCCCUGACCUGCGACUGGGCUGAGAAGAUCCUCAAACGCUCGUUCAACAACAUUGUGGAAGUCGCCCAGUUUCUUAUCCAGCAGCACAUCAUCAGCUCCCGCUCGGCCCGGGCCGACUUGAUCAUGGCCAUGGUAGUCUCAGAGAGCACGGGGAAGAUCCACCGCAACAGUCGGUCUCCGCUGACAGCAAAGAAGAACGACCUGGAAACCUCAGAGAGCAAUGACGGGAGCCAGGGGCAGAGCAAGAAGGAGAGUGGCUCCAAGCCCUCUGUCCUGCCCCGGCCUGAGAAGAAGCAGCUCCCUGAGGCCCCCAAGCCCAUGAACAGCCCCCAAGUGAACGCUCUGGUUGCCCGCCUGCCCCUGCUCUUGCCUCGCAUCCAGCCGGGGAACAGAUUUGUGGCACCUGGGACUCCGGCUGUGCGCUCGUCCCCUCCUGUCCUGGCCCCCAAAAUCACAGCCACCCCCCUCGGGGGCACCGUCAAAGUGGCUGCCCUGCCGCUCCCAGUGGGCACGGCGUCGCCGUCGUUGCCCCUGGGCCUGGCCCCGGGGGUGAACGGGGCAGCAGGGCUGGUGAGCCAGCAGGCUGCCGUGCCCGUCAUCAACAUGCUGCUGCCCAAUGUGCCACCCGGCGUGGGCCUCCCCGUGGCAGAGAGCCCUGCCAACCCCCGGAGCGCCGGUGGAGAGGGCCAGGGCCCCGGCCUGCAGGACUCUCAGCGCCCCAAGGCCACCAAGCGUCCUCCGGAGCCCCCCAGCGACGCUGUGCUGCAGAAGCGGAGACGCGGGCGUCCGCGGAAGAGGCUGGACGAGGGGGGCGCCCAGUCCCCCGAGGAGGCUCCGUCGGGUGCGGAGGAGGCGGCGGGAGGGAGCGAAGCGCUCCGGCCGGGCUCCGCCGACACGGCAGAGCAGGAGCAGACUGUGACACAAGGCUCAGAUGUUUCAGCAGGCGGCCGAGGGGUGCUCAGCCCCUCGUCCGGAGAGACGGGAGACCAUGGCCACGGAGCGUCUCCGGGUGCCGAGUCCAGGAGCAGCGGUGAUGGCACUGCCACGAGCCCCGUCGGGGACACCCCAGCUAAAGCCUCCCUGCCCUCCCAGGUGAGCGUCAUCCAGGAUGGCAGGUCCAGCAUGAAGGUCCGUGCCAGAGCCGGCACCCCGGAGCUGGAGGAAGGCGUGCAGCCAAGCCUGGGCAAGGCCGGGUCCCCGCUGGGUGAUGCGGCAUCUGCAGCGGGGUGCCGCGUCCCCCGGGAGGGGAGGGACCUCUCUCCCGUCCCCUCGCACAGCGAUGGACAGACAGAGGCCGGGAGAAGUUCCCUUCCCGUGCCGCUGCCCGGCAGCAGCGCUGCAGCUGGCUCGCAGCGCUUGGACCUGUCCCCAUGCGCCCUGGCGCUCCGGGGGGGCUCGCAGGCACUACCGGAGCUCGGCAGCCGGGAUGCCAGCUAGGAGCGCGGCGACGCUGCCCCUGUGUGGUCCAGGACGCCCAGAGCCCACCGCCAGCACCCCCCUCCCCGCCCUCUGCCGCCCCCCAUGCUUGGAGUCCGCGCGUGGCCCGGUCACCGCUGCAACGAGUCACAGGCCGAAUCCGGCGCCUUGCGGGCCGAGGGGAAUUGUGGUGUAAAACCGCCCCCGCCGCUCCGCAGCUUGCGAGCACCGUGCCUGCGCCUCGCCGCUGCCUGCAAUUAAAAACCAAACCCAC